AUGGAGCGACAACCACGACCGGCUCUACGACUCCAAAUCCCGCCGCAACCCCAUCUCCGGCCUCCUAACACGGAUUCCUCCACCGGGUCAUUCAUCGUCCGCCUUCAUGUUCCCCGGCAACCUCGACCCGCCGAUGACGGUCCGCGAGCUCCUCCAAGCAUAUCUCCUUUCGUCUUUGCCAAUGGCAUGCUCCCCCCUCGGCCCCAUGAUAUUGGCAGCAUGGACAUAUAUGUCCGCCCGGGUGAGCCGCGAGAUCUUCCUCAUCUUUUGAAGAUCCAACCUGCCUCUACCCAAAACUUGAGGACCUCCGUGAACUUAAGAACAUGGCUGCGGUGGCGCGCCAGGCAUACGACAUAUGGGGAAGUACACUUGAGAAAUUGCCUUCGAGACGGGAAGCUAUGGGUCGCCGUCGCCGAGCUCGCAACUGGAGAAAACUGGAUCGUUGGCUUUGCAACUGGCAUUCCGCAGGACCGCUGGAACCGAGAAGGGCCUCGCGACAACGUUCUUUACUUCACCAUUCAUGUUCAUGUUUCUGUGCGUCGAAUGGGCGUCGGCAGCCAGCUUUUGAAACAGAUUGAGCAAGACAUGUGGGAGAGAGGUUUUGACUAUCUGGUCGCAUCGGCUUUUAUGCAAGAACCCUGGAAGGAGCCGGAGGAGACGUUCUUGAAAAAGAAUGACUUCCAACGAUUAAAUACGUUGGGAUGGCGAAAUGGAAUGUGUCCGUUGCCACUCAUUAUGGCUACGCUCCUAAUUCUGAACAAGCAGUACAGCGAGAUACAGCCGGGUAUGCAAAGAACUCUGUGGAUCAAAGACCUGCCUCCCAGGCCUGGCUCGAAGCGCUACGGUGACGUCACUCCCCCAUCCGAUGAGAGCACACCCGAGUCCUACGAGUGGCCUUCACUCCGGAGGCUCCUUGCUGAAGAUGAUUGA